AUGUCCAUGUCCUACACUACCAACCCUUCAUCUCCGUCUGCAUCUCAGCCGACGCGACGAGAUCGCAUGGCGUCUGCCCUGCGCAUUCUAAUGGCCAAUGAUCAUAUCGAUCCGGAAAUCUUACGGGCAGGCACCCAGUGGAUGACUGCCGUCGACAUUGAAAACACUCAGACUUCCACACCGCAAGCCACGUAUCAACCAGCUUAUGCGCUAAACGACCUUCCCUCAGGCAUCAAUGAGACGCCUAUCGACCCUGCCCUAUGUACUGAGUCCCCCUUUCCUUUGGAGAGCGGGAAACCCCCUGCCAACCCCGUGCAGAGCUGGAUUGGCGAUGUCUAUUCUCGCCCUAGCCCGUCUAACAGCCUUCAAGCGGACCCAAUGAGCUACGAUUCCACAUCAGAAUUUGCAUGGAUCUCCAACGAUUGGGACAUCAUGCUGAAUUCAGUGGAGGUCGACCCCAGCAGUAGUGCCGGUACCAGCACCAGUAUGAGCAUUAGUAACAGCAGCGUCGGAAACAGCAGCGUCGGAAACAGCAGCGUCGGAAACAGCAGCGUCGAUAUUAUCGCACAAACUCCCCUGACGAGCCCCGUGGCCCUGCCACCUAUUGAAGAGACCUCGAUGCAAUCACCCUCACAACUCCCCUCGGCCGUCGAGCGACAGUCGCCAGUGAAGAACUCUCGACCACGGCCGUUAAAGCACCAGCGUGCACACUAUGUAAUUGAGAAAAGGUACCGGGCAGGGCUUCAUGAGCGGUUUGAAGCCUUACGAGACUGUGUGGAGAGCUGGAAGCACGACCAGCUACAAAAAGGACAACAGCAGUCCAGUUUACCCCUCUCGCUAGACACAACCACGGAUUGGACCAGCAAAGAUGCGAGCCGUGGCGCAACACGACUCAACAAGUCGGAGGUGCUGUGCGAAGCAGUGGCCUAUAUCAAGCUACUACAGGAGGAGAACGAGGUUGUGAUGGAACAUAUGAAGCUGCUGAUUCGGCGAUUUCGAGCGACCAAACAGGCAUUGCAGCAGGGCUAG